AUGCAGAUGUUACUUGCACCGUCAGAUGACGAACAAGAACCUGAUGUUGAGGCAAUAUUCAUAACUCCUCCAGAACCAAAUGUUAUUUCAGAAGAAGACAGUGCGGACGAAGAUGAGGGUGGAUUGCUUGACAAUCUGGGUGGCAGGCAAUUAGCGGCAGAUGCAAAAAUCAGACUGGUGGGCAGAAAAUAUGAAAUUGAUAAAUCAGUGCUGGGUUUCGUUCCUACAAGCAAAAGAAAAUGGAUAGAAGGAGACCUUUUUUCUCAACCAACCGAUGCGUUCGGAAAAUUCAGUUAUGAUGAGUACAAAGGCUUGACACCAGCAGACUUUUUCGAAUUAUUUAUUGAUGAUGAGACAAUUCAGCUCCUCCAAGAAGAGUCGGAAAAAUACGCCCUUUUCAAAAACUCUCCGAGUCCUCAAAUAAAAAAAGAAGAAAUAAAGGUAGAAAUAGCAAUUUUGAUUCUCUCGGGAUAUAACGUUUUGCCUGGGAAAAAAUAUUACUGGGAUACGAAAGAUGACAUGCAUAACGAAUUGGUGGCAAACUCAAUUCAUCGAUUCAUACAAAUAAUGAAAUAUCUACAUAUUGCUGACAACAGCAAAGGAGCAUCGGCAACAGACAAGAUGUGGAAGCUUCGUCCUAUGAUGGACAAAGAAUUUUAA